UCUUUAUCCUCCUCCUCCUCCUCCACCACCACCUCCACUAUACAAAUCUCAUCCUAAAUUUUCAAAACCUCCAACUCCAACAUCACCAGCACCACCAAUGGCAACGUCCACCUUAUUUUUCACACCCACCAUCCAAAACCACCACCAGACCAAUAUUUCCCCAUCCAAUGUCUCUUUCCAAGGCCUUAGACCUCUCCCCCUAACCAAAGCCACCAAGAAGCUCACAACCACCACCGCCACCAACCCAAGAAAGAACUUGGCCAUCAAAGCAGAGCUUAGUGCACCACUUGUUAUAAGCCUAAGCACAGGGCUCUCUCUUUUUCUUGGUAGGUUCGUUUUCUUUAACUUCCAAAGAGAAAACGUAGCAAAACAAGGCUUGCCGGAGCAAAAUGGAGUUACCCAUUUUGAGGCAGGAGAUGUUAGGGCUAAAGAAUAUGUUAGCCUUCUAAAAUCAAACGAUCCUGUUGGUUUUAAUAUUGUUGAUGUUCUUGCUUGGGGUUCUAUUGGUCAUAUUGUUGCUUAUUAUAUCUUGGCUACCACAAGCAAUGGCUAUGAUCCCAAGUUUUUUUAAUUUUGCUGCGUAACUUUCUUUGUAUAGUAGCGAUCCAAUGUUUUUAAAUUUCUUUUUCUUUUUUUCAUGGAAAAGUUUAAGGUUUGGAUUGGUUAAGUGUUAUUCAUGGUUGUAACCUUUUGUGAUAUUUGAUCUAUUGAAGCUUGGAAUUUAAGAUCAAUUUUAAUGCCU